GAUUCAAACCCCCUACAUCGCCCACCAGAACCAGUGGUAGUCCCCGACUGCUCAAAGCCGAACAUUCGGGUCGACAAAUGGAUAACUUGCGCCUGUUGGCGAGUUCGGUGGAGUUCGAAAGUGACGCUUAAUCUCCGCUCCGCCUGCGUCCCCGCCAUUUUCACAAGAACAAGACAUUCUUACUUAAUCUCAUUUUUAGUUGUAUUCAAUCGCUCGCCAUCUCAGUGACACUGGAGGGUCCUCUGCCAUGUUCUCGAGGACUCCGGCCUUCCUUUCCUUCCCUUCUUCAACGAUUGUCAUUUGUUUAGGCUGUGAGAAGUCUUUUCCUGUGCCGAGAUGUGGGGCGAUCUCUUUUUUCUGGCAAUUUUGGACAUGUCUAUGGGAGACACAUCAAAACCUUGCGUGGAAACAGCCGUUCUUACAGGGCUGUACAAUUUUUCUGCAGCAUGCCUACUGUGGACCCUAUGCUGCAAAUCGAGCUGAUACCAUGCCUCAAAGAUAAUUAUGCAUAUUUGCUUCGUGAUACAAAGACAGACACCAUUGGAGUUGUGGAUCCAUCUGAAUCUGUCCCUGUGGUAGAUGUGCUGAAUAGGAAAAGGAAGAAAUUGAAUUACAUCCUGAAUACUCAUCAUCAUUAUGAUCAUACUGGUGGGAAUAUGGAGUUAAAAGCCAAGUAUGGUGCAAUGGUGAUUGGCUCACGAAUAGACAAGGAUCGUAUCCCUGGAAUAGAUAUUGCACUAAGUGAUGGUGAGACGUGGAUGUUUGCAGGGCAUAAGGCUCUGGUCAUAGAGACCCCUGGUCAUACACGAGGUCAUAUCUGUUUUUAUUUUCCGGGAUCCAAAGCAAUAUUUUCGGGAGACACUCUCUUCAGCUUAUCUUGCGGAAAACUUUUUGAAGGAAAUGCAGCACAGAUGCUCUCAUCUCUAGCCAAACUCGUGGCAUUCCCAGAUGAUACAAGAAUAUUCUGCGGUCAUGAGUAUACAUUGAGCAAUGCAAAAUUUGCACUCUCAGUAGAGCCCAAGAAUGAAGCUCUUCAAGCCUAUGCUGCCGAGGUCUCUCAACUCCGUAACAAAGGCAUUCCGACGAUACCAACAACCUUGGGGACAGAGAAGGCAUGCAACCCAUUCCUGCGAACAGAUAGUCCUGAAAUUCGACAAAUUUUGAACAUUCCAAGCUCUGCAACUGAUGCUGAAGCUUUAAGUGUCAUUCGCAAGGCAAAAGACAAUUGGUGACAAGCAUGGAAAUCGAAGUUCCAUCAUUAUAAUGCUACAGGAAAACGGCACAUGCCCAUGAUUCAUCCUUGGAAACUUGAAGGGAGCAUUGUGAGAUUGUAAUGUGUGCUCAAAGAAUACCCUUUUGCUUCUGUCUAGUUUUAUAUUUAAGGGCAUAAAGGGUUGCCUGGUUAAAAUUUUAAAAAUGGUCGUCAGACCAUAAAUCAUUGUUAAAGCCACCAUAAAUCAUGGUUACAUCAUCGUUACAUCAUAAACUAUGACCAAUGUUUAAUUA